UGGUAGAGACCAAUGAACGGGCGAAGCGCAAACUAUUACCGCUCAUAAUGCGCUGGCCCUCUUGUUAGUACGGGUCAGAUGCGGCGGCGUGCUUUUAUGUCCGAGGAACGGAACUCGCGCUGAAGGACGCCCUUGAGAGCAAGCGGCGCAGUAAAACGUUUCUAACGGACUGGAUACCUGCUGACAACAAGCACGACCGCUCCCGAAUGCUUAACGGUGACAGCAGGGAACACCAUUUCCACGUGUGGCUGAUUGCCGUCAAGCCCCACAACCCGCUGAUAAAAUUUCGCGCGGGCAGCGCGAGGGUCGAUAGAGUUCUCACAGGGCCGACGCAGACCACUGCUUCAUCCGCAGCGAUGAAGGCGACGAGUAGCGCUGCUACUCCCACAGAAUCCAAACCGGUGGGCUCUGCGCCACGCGGAUCCGGCAUCGACGAAUCUCUACUACCAGCCCGGUACGCCAGGAAACCGCUGUCUCAAUACGAAGGCGACUACAUCCAGAGAGGAGGUCCCGAGUAACAAAGUUCCCUGCAUAGCUGCUGUAAAUAAGAAACGCUCAAAAAGAAUUCUUUGAAGCCCAUAUUGAAGAGACCUGCUUUAUAGCAGCAAUAGUGGAUGAAGGGGGGACCAUGACGAGCAUGGAAAGGAUGCACCAAUGCAAUUAUUUAUUUGAUGAACGCAGGCAGCGCUGAAGGCCUUGUGUAGAAUGCAUUGUGAAGACAACGAUGAAGACAGCUGUUGCCCUCUGCAAGUGCCCAGUGCAUUCCCAUGCAAUUAAAUAUGUUUGUUCUUGUUGUGGUUAA